AUCGGACGUCCAGGAUCCGCGGAUAUAUAUUGAUGCUAAUGUUGCAUCAGUCUUGUAAGUGUAUAGGAUGAAGAGGGGCAUUUAAAAGCGGACGGAACACUGGUCCACGGUCAGUCCCGCUUAUACAACAGAAGAGAAAAUUUCUCCACGAGUAUAAGACUAAAUUUACAAGAUGCUCGCCACAGCGAUGUUAUUGCUGAUACUUAUAUUGCUACUGCUAUACUUGAGCUGUCAAAAACCGAAAGGAUACCCACCAGGUCCGAGAUGGUGGCCCAUUUUGGGCUGUGCGUUGGAAAUAGCGCGUAUCCGUCAAGAAACAGGAUAUCUUUUCAAAACCUGUUCAGCGCUCUGCAAAAAAUAUGGUCCUGUGGUGGGCCUGAAGAUCGGCCAGGAUCGCAUCGUUAUUCUGAAUGAUAUAGAGAGCUCACGGGCGAUGCUGACCAACGAGGAUUGCGACGGCAGACCGACCGGACCGUUUUACAAGGCUAGAACUUGGGGUCACAGACUGGGUCUCAUCGUAGUGGAUGAUAAAUUAUGGGUAGAGCAACGACGAUUUGUCAUACGACAUUUGCGAGAAUUCGGCCUUGGUCGCACCAGCAUGGUCACAAUCAUCGAGGAUGAGGCGCUGAAAUUAGUGGAGCAUUUUAAGAGGCUGCUUCAAAACGGCUACAAUUAUGAAAUUGCUAACGUACGAAAAAUGACAACGAUAAAUAAUAACAAUUUUGGUCAGAUAUACAAGUUGCAGAAAGACCCAAAGAACAAGCUGAACAAGUCGAACCUGUACGAGUGCGAUGCAAUCAAGAAUAAGAUCCCUGAACGUAAACCUCGUACAGCGGCGGACUUGUACAUGAAGGCCGAAGAUUAUGAGGAAGUUAGAAAGGUCUCCCAAUCUGCGGGAAUGAUCAUUUCUAUGCACGACGCCUUUGGCGUGACUGUAUUGAAUACCCUUUGGAAGAUGAUGGCUGGUAAAAGAUACGACAAUGGCGAUAAAGAACUUACGCACUUACAGAAAAUCCUCUCAAAGCUUCUGAAUGAAAUCGACAUAAUCGGCGCGCCUUUCGGUCACUUUCCAUUGCUACGUUUCAUCGCGCCGGAAAUGUCCGGUUAUAAAGCAUUUGUAGAAACACAUCAGGAACUGUGGGCAUUUUUAAAAGAAGAACUGGACAAUCAUAAAAAUACAUUUUUGUCAAGUGCGCCGCGAGAUUUGAUGGACGUCUACCUGAAUGUGUUAAAUUCGGAAGAUUGCAGUGAUACAUUUUCAGAAUCCCAGUUGUUGGCAAUCUGUGUGGAUCUCUUCAUAGCGGGCUCCGAAACUACUUCGAAAGCACUCGGCUUCGGAUUUUUAAAUCUAAUAUUAAAUCCGCAGGUUCAGAGAAAGGCACACGAAGAAAUAGACAGAGUUAUUGGACGCGACAGAUUUCCCACAUUGGCUGACAAACCAAGAAUGCCAUACAUCCAAGCUAUCGUUCUGGAGUCCUUACGAAUAUUCGUGGGCCGUACUUUGAAUGUCCCACAUAGAGCAAUAAGAGACACUACUAUCGCGGGCCAUAACAUACCAAAAGACACAAUGCUCGUUGUAAAUUACAACAGAAUAAUCAUGGAUGAAUCUUGGAACGAUGCGGAAGAUUUCCGACCGGAGAGAUUCCUCGACAGUGACGGCAACAUCAUUACGCCAGAAAAAUAUGUUCCUUUCGGCAUGGGCAGACAUCGUUGUAUGGGAGAGGUAUUAGCUAGGAGUAACAUUUUCAUCAUAACGGCCACGUUGCUACAAGCGUUUAACUUCUCGGUGGUGCCCGGUGAAGCACGACCAUCCACGCAAGACUUUGUAGACGGUGUCACAGCUGGUCCAAAACCGUACAGGGCAUUGAUUUCUCUGAGAAUGUGAAGUAGAUAUUUGACAUAAUAAACGGUCCCCUUCAUCUCGUUUUCA